AUGGCCAAACAAGGUGGCUAUCGGCUUGGAGCCGACGUCGGCGGCACCUUCACAGACGUCUAUGCCUUCACACCAGACAACCAAGUCGCGCGCGCCAAAGUUCCAACUACAGUCGAAGACCAAAGCAUCGGCAUCAAGAACGGGAUCCGCAAGGUCCAACAGGCCCUCAAGGACCGCUUCCCAUGGGACGGCAAGUUCCAGUUCAUCCACCACGGCACAACGGUCGCCACAAACGCCGUCCUUGAAGGCAAGGGCGCGCGAACGGGGCUCAUCGUUACGACCGGCCACAAGGAUAUCCUGGCAGUGCGCAGGUCGCAGAUCCCUGGUGGCCUGGGUGCUUGGCUGCAUUAUACGCCACCGGACCCGAUCGUGCCGCUGGAGCGAGUGAUACAAUGCCAGGAGCGCAUGAGCGUUGACGGGAAGAGCAUUGUGAGAGUGGACGUAGACGCGCUGAGAGAUGACCUGAAGAAGUGGACUGGUGACGAGAAACCGGACGCUGUGGCAAUCUCGUUGCUCAACUCGCAUUGUAAUAACGAGCAUGAGGUUCUGGUGGCGGGGAUUGUGAAGGAAGUGCUAGGUGACGGUGUGACGAUCAUUUCGUCGAGCGAUGUGCUUCGUGAGGUGGGCGAGUAUGAGCGCACACUGACAACGUGCACCAAUGCCCUCGUCAAGCCCGUGGUGCAGACCUAUCUCAGUAACCUGCAAGAUUUGCUCGCCGAGGACGGAAACACGAUCCGUAUUCUUAAGUCUGAUGGUGGCUUGACGAGCUUGGGGCUGGCAGGGGAGCUCCCUGUGAACAUCCUCAUGUCUGGGCCUGCUGGAGGUGUGCAAGGCGUUGCAGACGUCGUCACGCAAAACACGCCAUAUAAGAACCUGAUCACCUUCGACAUGGGCGGCACGUCAACGGACGUCGCCAUUAUCCACCAGGGCAAGCCUCAGCUUCGCCGCGAGACCGUCGUGGGCUCCCUUACUGUGCGCUCGCCAGCCGUCGACAUUCGAACAGUGGGCGCAGGAGGAGGAUCUAUUGCCAAGUACAUGAGCAUCACCGAGACCAUGAGAGUAGGUCCGGAGAGUGCGGGCGCCACUCCAGGGCCUGCCUGCUACAAUAAGGGAGGAAAAGAGCCCACUGUGUCGGACGCCAAUCUGGUGCUGGGUUACCUGCCGGAAAACCUUCUUGGAGGUGAAUUCAAGCUGGACACGGAAUCUGCAAUGGCUGCUGUCGGGGAGAUUGCUGAACAGAUGAAGCUGUCAGUAACCCAAGCCGCUGAGGACAUUGUCAACUUGGUUAAUGAGACCAUGUACGGAGCCCUGCGUCUGGUCUCCGUCGAGCAGGGUUACGACCCAAAAGAGUUCGCCCUCGUUGCCUUUGGGGGCGCAGGUCCCCUUCAUGCCAAUGCGGUCGGCAAGUUACUUGGGGCUUGGCCAGUCAUUGUACCCCCCUCUCCAGGGACUCUGUGUGCCCUAGGCGAUGCUACCACGAGGUUGAGCCACUCUCAGUCACUGUCUUUCAUCCGCCUACUCUCAGCCACGACUUCGAAGAAGGUCAAAGAGCGAUUUGACGAGCUAGAGGCGAUUUGCAAGGAUACAAUGACAACCUCAAAUGGGGGCAGUGUCAUGCCGCUCAACAUCAGCUACCAUCUCGACCUUCGCUACCGCGGCCAAGCACUGAACUUAACGGUUGAGUUAGAGGCUCCAGACCUGCUGCUGGAAGACGGGCCGUGGAGGGAGCUCCUGCAGGCGAAAUUCGACCAGCUUCACGAGCAGCAGUUCAAAUACUGCCUUCCCAACUUCGAGCUCGAGCUGAUGCGCCUCGAGGUUGUUUCUGUCGACGCUUCUCCGGGUAUUGAGGUUCCUCGACUGGCCAAGGCCGAAUCAACUGAGCCUCCUGCCGAUGCAUUGGUCGCGAAAAAGCAGAUUGUCGUCAAGGGACAAGCAAUGGAAGCGGCGCUGUGGGAUCGCGAGAAGAUAAGCCGCCAGGGUGUCCGUGUGGACGGUCCAUGCAUCAUCACCGAGAUGGACAGCAACACCCUGAUUCUUCCAGGUUGUUAUGGCGAAAUUGAUUCCAUUGGGAACAUUCUGAUCCGUCCAUCUGAAGAGGGUCCGAAAGACCAAACCAAGGACGAGACUCCCGAAGCAGCCCUAGAGAUCGUACAGUCAACACCGCUCAUUCCCACACUGGUUGCUUCUGCACUGGCUUCCAUCCGCAGUGAGAUGGACACCCUCAUGCUCCGCUGUAGUAUGUCUCCUGCCAUUCGUGAACAGCAGGACGAAUUCAACGUCAUCACCACCGCCGAAGGCAAGAUGCUUGUUGGCCAGUUUGGCAGCUUCAUCACCCAAUUCCUUAGGGCGUGGAAGGGAACCAUUGAGGAGGGCGAUGUGUUCAUUACCAACGACACGUACAUGAUUGAAGGAGCCGUAACGCAUUUGAACGACGUGAUCGUCCUCUUGCCCAUCUUCUACGAACACAGGCUGAUCGGCUGGGCAUCGCAAUUCGGACACCUGACGGACGUAGGGGGAAUCGUCCCGGGCAGCAUGUCUAUCAAUGCCUCAUCCAUCUUCGACGACGGUGUCCAGAUUCCCUGUAUCAAGCUCUAUACAAAGGGUGUCAUGAACACGGACCUUGUCGGCCUGCUAUGCCGCAAUUCCCGACAGCCCGACUGGUACAGGUCCGAUCUGAUGGCCAUCAUCGCUGCGUGCCGAACCGCCUCCAGCCGUGUCUGUGAGCUUGUCGUCCGCUUUGGAUGCGAGAUCUACCUUGCGGCAUGCAACGAGCUGCUCCUGCGCAACCGCACCGCUAUGGUGAAGAUCAUCGAGUCAGAUUUUGGCGACAAACCAAGCACAUUCACCGACUUUGUCGACGACGACGGCCAUGGCGUUGGGCCCUGGGCCUUAACUUGUACCAUGACUAAGAUCGAGGGCAACCGGCUACUCUUUGACUGGAGCGGAACCUCUCCGCAAAGCGACCAUAGUAUCAACUUUUACCUCUCUGAGACGAUGUUCCGCAUGUUUAUCGGAUACUACAUGAUUGCCUCGGCGGCCCCAGGCACCGUCAUCAACGACGGCUUCCACGACCUAAUCGACAUCCAUAUCCCAGAGGGCUCAAUCUUGAAACCUGUCCGGCCCGCUCCUAUCUCAUGCCGCACACAUAUGAUGGGCAGAACCAUGGAUGUCAUGCAGGCGCUCAUCGGCAUGAGGAACCCAGUCUACGCAGCAGCCGCGGGUUUCAGCGACUCCCCUCAUUUCUUCUACUCCGGCUACAAACCAGACGGCGAAUGGUACCAGUUGUACCAAAUUGGAUUCGGAGGUGUCCCCGCCCGCAAUGCAGGCGACGGUCUCGACUGCCACUGUCUCUUCCCUGCUAUUAAGUCCAUUCCCACGGAGAUAAUAGAGCUGAACUACCCGCUCCGCAUCGAGGCGAACGAGAGCGUAGCCGACAGCGGCGGUGCAGGGUUCUACCGCGGCGGCAAUGCACAACGCACAAACUACCGCUUCUUAGCCCGCGGAGAGUUCAGUAUCCACGAUGACCGGUGGUUCACCAAGCCGUGGGGUAUCCGUGGAGGAAAGCCAGGAGCUCGGUCUCGAAAGAUCCUGUACCGAUACUCCAAGUCGCAGGAUGCUCCGCCAGUCGAGGUCCUCCCCUCGAAGUGUGACCACAUCCGUGUCGACCCGGGUGACCUACUCGAGUGGAUUACCUGGGGAGGUGGUGGCCUUGGGGAUCCAUUGACUCGGCCUGCAGAGAAGGUAGUGCUGGAGGUUCGUCGACACCUGGUGACCAUCCAGGGCGCUCGCGACAACUAUGGCGUUGUGGUUAACCCUGAGAGCCUUGCUGUUGACGAAGCAGAGACUGGAGCAUUGAGGAAAAAAAUGAUGGCUGCUCGGGGUGAGGCAGAUCAGGGAUAUGAUCGCGGCGGGACUCUGGAGCAAUUAAGAGAGUCGUGUCUAAAGGAAACUGGCCUUCCUCCCCCAACACCACAGUGGGAGCAGGAGCUGUAUGGUCCUCACGUGGCACUGCCGUAUGUCCAGGACUGGUAUUCACGCAUGAAAGAGGUCAAGGGGUGGGAACUGUAG